UUACCCCACAGCAGAUAUCUUCACCGCCAGGACGCCAGGCAUCACUCAACUCUCCAGCUGCAGACCGGGACCUCAAAUUGAAAACACAAGGAGACCUUUUUAUUUGUGUGCGUGUUAUUCCAUUUGAGAUUCAAAUGGCGCGGUGGUCCUCACUGCGUGCGCUUUUCUUUUUUGCCCCGUUGUUCUGGGAGGGUCUCUGGGUAAGCGGUAGCCCCUCGGGUUGCGCUUCCUGCGGGUCCCGGUCCCUGGGGAGGGACGCGGAGGAGAGGCUGAUGGUGGAGAUCGCCAAGCAGCAAAUUUUGGACAAGCUGCACCUGAAAGAGAGACCCAGGAUCUCUCAGUCUGUGCCCCGGGUGGCGCUCCUCACUGCGCUGCGCAAACUCAACUCGGGGCGCGUCAGGCAGGACGGUACCCUCGAACUAGACAACAAUGUGCUAUCCAAAGACCAAGGCUAUGAAAUAGUCAGCUUUGCCGAUCUAAACGAAAGUCUCCACGGGGACGAGGCAAAUCUCAGCCUUUCCUUCCAGUUCCUGCAAGAACAUGGCCGCAGUAUCCAGGUGCUGCAGUCCUCCCUGUGGAUCUACGUCCGCUCCUCCAAGUCGCCCCUUCAAGUGCCAGCUCAAGUCUUCCUCACCAUAGACGGUGGAGAUUCAAACCGGACCUUGGUGAUAGAAAAGAUGCUGGAGGUCCAGGAGGGUAACUGGCACACCUUCCCCAUCAGCCGCACCCUGCAGGCCUUCCUGGACGGUGGCCAGAAGCGACUCCGUCUGGAAGUGAGCUGCAAUGAGGAUGGGAGAAAUCUUUGCUCCCUGGAAAACUCCGCCAACACCCUGUAUAAGCCCUUCCUGAUGGCCCAGGUGCGUCUACGCGACGACCCCGCCAGACACUUGCUCAGGAAGCGCUCAUUGCGGUGCGGCGAUGACGUCACCGUGUGCUGCAAGAAAGACUUGUUCAUCAAGUUUAAGGACAUCCAGUGGCACGACUGGAUCAUCGCGCCCGAGGGCUACCACAUGAACUACUGCGUGGGGCAGUGCCCGCAGCACCUGGCCGGAUCUCCAGGUAUCGCCGCGUCCUUCCACGCCACCGUCUUGAGCCAGCUGAAGGUCAGCGGUAUCAACACGGCUGCGUCUUCGUGUUGCGUUCCCACGGAGCGACAGCCUCUGUCCAUGGUGUACUUCAACUCUCAGCACAGUAUCAUCAAAACCGACGUGCCUGACAUGAUUGUGGAGUCCUGUGGAUGCACAUAAGAGUUUGUACCCUUGUGUAGUUAAGUUUUUAUGCAGCAGUCCUAGAGUAUUGUAUGUGUAGUACAGAUGGUCACAAACGGCUCGCCAUUGGCUCCAAGAUUAGAUGCAUUUGAAGACAUAGGAAUACCGAUUUAUAGAAUUUCAAAACAACAUUUUCCGAGGAAAGAGUACAGAAAAUUACAGCCACAUAUAAAUGCAUCAGGAAUCAUCGCACCAAACAGAUUCUUUUACUGGCAUUACAACCACUGAAAAGCUGAAUGCCGAGAUUGACAGGCCAUUGCCCUGAUAUUCGCCGAAAAUGACUGCUUUGAACCAAAAUGGUCGACUUCAAGACAUUUUCAAGCAUCCUAUUUUGAUACACAUUUUCACCCAAUUUGGGUCGAUCGGUCAAAGGGGUGUUGGGGGCUAUAUUAUUUUUAACUUUCCAGCAGACAGGAUUUUGGAGCAUUGUGUGGAGGAUUCCCCCGAAAUAUUUCCACCAGCGUGGCCCAUCUUUCUAGGAUACCUGCUUCUGAUUGGGGCAACAAAACCUCGCAAACACAAAGUAUCGAUUUUAGCUAAUUUAAUAUUGCCUACCACCGACUAGUUACAACAUAUUGCAAUGGCCCCACAAGUGGUCAAGGACAGACACAGUAGCUGGUGCACUUUCAAUUAUUUUAUUAAACAUACAGUCAUAAAACAACCACAUAACAAUCACAUUCAUACACAAGCUGCUAAGGCCACAACUGAUGAAGAGGCACUCAAAAUGCAGACUGGCAAACGGUUUGCCAGUUUUCAGCCACCCGCAAUCCGAGCUCCCAGCAGUCAAUUCUACGCUGUCAUUUGCUGACGUACACAUCACUCACCGGGCCCCACCUUUUAAAGCCACACACACUCAAAGUCACAGAUAGAAUGUGGCACGUGAGGAAUAAUAAUAAUAAUACCUGUACCUCACAUGCACAUUUAGUUGUUUCAUAAUGCAAAAUAGCUUUUUAUCCAAUUACUCGAUUAAUCAAUGAGAUAAUCGGUAGGUAGAAUAAUCAAUUCAAAAAAUACUUGAUAGCCGUAGCCUUAACGGAGACCCUGUUUGAAUGGCCGGUUUUAAGUCAGGGUCACGUGACUUUAACGUACGAAAACACUGGAGGGGUUUAAAAAAAAUAAGAUAAAAGGGCUGAGCGAAAUAUGUUUAAUCAGCAUCUCCACUGUAUUGUUGACACAAGCGGUCUUUGAAGUUGGGCAACACAAACAGCAUGUGAACCCGAGGUCACAAUUUGGCAAUCAUUGGGACACGAUUGCAUCAGUGGUCAGGUAAUGUGAAGGUCUGCGCGGCGGAUGGGUCAGAAUGGCAUGUGCUGCUGUAUGUUGUCACGUAUAGUUGUCAAAGUCCAAAGUUUACUGGUGCGAUGUAUAAUUAGAAGCUUUCCAGCAAAACGCAGCCCGUUAAUCAUUCCACGAGGGGUACUUGACAUCAUCCCAAUUGCACAACAGGUGGUCAACUCGCUGUGUUUGGUGUUUGGGGCAGAUUCAAAAUGCCAGUAUGCACACUAAUAAUCAUAAAACAACUAAACCGGCCAGUAUAAAUAUCAUAGCAUGUUUUUUGUUGGAUUCUUUUUUGUUUUGUUUACACUAUGCUCACAUUGUAAACUGCAAACCUUAUACAUUGGCUAAUAGUACAAAUAUGAUCUUUUACUUCAGCCACAAUUGUUAGGACAUAUGUUGCCUCCAAAGCUGCACUUGAAUUGUCGUUUUACUGUUUAACGCAGACGGUUUUUGUAUUAUUAUUAUUCAUAUUGUUAUUAGCAUCUUGUUGCCAUCGUACCAUAAUAAGCACUUUAACACCCUGAGACAAUUGUCCUCGAAAAGGAUGUGUAAACAAACUGGGUGAUAGUUUACUUCACAAUAUAAAGUAGCCCACAGAAAAACGAAUGUCAAUCAAUGUAUUUUCUCAGGUUCUAUUUGUGUUAAAAUGGGUGGCUUUUGUCUGUAGUGAUGAAUUUAAUGUAAUAUCAUGACUUUAAUUAUGUUUUUAUUGUUUUAUAUAUGAUACUAUAUUUUAUUGAAUGAUUCACAGUCAUAUUUUUUUCUAAUCACAGCAUUGCAGUUGCAAUCUAUUUUGGAAUAAAA